AUGGAUUUACAAAUUAUCAAAAACGAAAAUUAAUAAGAAAACAAUAUAUAAGUUAUAUAAAAAAAAUUACUUCCAGAAAUAGAAUCCAAUAUUUUAGUAGCAAUUAGAGUACGACCUUUAAAUUAAAAAGAAGAAAACUAAGGUGAUUAGGACAUAAUAAGAAUUGAAGAUAACUUAAUUAUAGUAUUUGAUCCAAUCGAAAUGGAAUUUUUGAAUGAAAAUAAAAAAAUGUUAGAAGUAUAUCACAGAUCAAAAGAGCAAACAUAUGCAUUUGAUAAAGUAUUUAAUAAACAUAGUUAAGAAGAAGUUUAUUAAUAAACAUGUAAAAGUUUAAUAAAACCAGUUGCAUAAGGAUAUAAUGCAACAGUUUUUGCAUACGGACCUACAGGAACUGGAAAAACUCAUACGAUGUUAGGAAAUUAGGAAAUACCUGGUUUAUGUACUUUGACUAUAUAAGAUAUGUUUUAAUUUAUAAGAAAGGAUAUAGAAAAUGAAUAUCAUAUAAGUAUAACUUAUGUAGAAAUAUAUAAUGAAACUAUAAGAGACUUAUUAAUUCCUCAUUCAUCAUAUUUAGAAUUAAGAGAUGAUCCAAUAAAGGGAAUUACUAUUGCAGGAGUAUCUGAAUGUCAUGAAUUUGUUAUUUCUAGGUAAUAAAAGAAGAACUACAGAAUCUACAAAUGCAAAUUUAACAUCAUCUAGAAGUCAUGCAGUAUUUUAAAUUACAGUUGUUUCCAAAUCUAGAACUAAAACAUUGAAUAAGAAAAUAUGACUGGAAAACUAUCACUUAUUGACUUAGCAGGUUCAGAAAGAGGAACAGUUACAGAAAAUCGAGGUAUAAGAUUAAGAGAGGGUGCAAAAAUAAAUUAAUCAUUACUAGCUUUAGCUAAUUGCAUCAAUGCAUUAGGCGAUAAAUCUAAAAAAGGUUUUUUUGUCCCUUAUAGAGAUUCUAAAUUAACCCGAAUGUUAAAAGAUAGUUUAGGAGGUAAUUGUAAAACAGUAAUGAUAGCAAAUAUAAGUCCAAGUAGUUGCUAAUUUGAAGAAACAAUAAAUACUUUAAAAUAUGCUAAUAGAGCAAAAAAUAUUAAAACAAAAGUUUUAGCUAAUAAAAAAUUAGUAACAAUACAUAUAGCUUAAUACAAAAAUAUUAUAAAUGAUUUGAAAUAAGAAAUAGAUUAAUUAAAAGCAAAACUUCAUGAAAGAAUUAUGGAUGGUGAUAUUCUUAAUUGUCAAGAUGAUGAUUUUUAAUUUUUCGAAAGAUAAAACAAUUAAUAACAAAAUAAUAAUUAAUAAUAAUAAUAAUAAUAAUUAAAUAAUUAAUAAAAAGAUUUAUAAUGUAAUUGUGGAAGAUAUGAAGAUGAAUUAAAUAUGAAAUAAAUUUAGGAAGAAAUAUUCGAGAAUUUUCAAGAUAGAAUUUAAUUAAGAAGAGUUAAAGCAGUAAAAACAUUGAAACUCUCAACAGAAUAAAAUAAACUUAAAAAAGAACUUAUGAAUUUAUCAUUAAUGGAUAAUAUUAAUACAGCCAAAAAAAUUAGAGAUAAUAUUCCUAAAAAAAUUAAAUUUGAAGAUAAAAGAAAUUUUAUUGAAUUAAUUAUUAAAAAUCAUGUAUUAGAAUUAUAAAAUAUUGAAUUAGAAAUCAAUUUAUAAAUUUAAGAAAAAACUAUAUAAGAUUUUAAAUAGAUUAUCGAAUCUUAAAAAAAAAUUAUUUUUGAUAAUAAUAUCAGGCUUGCUGAAGAAACGAAUGUUUUAAGCAAUAAUUCUUAAGAUGAUGAUACUUAAUAAGUAGCUUUAGAAGAAAAUCUCUCUGAUGAAGAAUAUGAAUGUAUACCAGAUUAAUAAGAAGAAAAUGAUGAAGAUGAUUAUUUGAACGAUUUAGUAAAUAUAUUUAUAUUUCAAAUUUUUAUAUAUUUAAAUUAUUUUUACUAUUAAAAAGACCUAAUCAAUGGAAAAACAAGAAGAUAAGUUGGUUAUUGA